AUGGCAUCCCCAAAAAACAAGUCGACUGGUAAACCCUUUAUGUUCAGCUCCCCGGGCAGACAGAGCUCGAAGCCUGGAGGUGGGCAAAACCACUCGAAGUCACACUCGAGAUCGUUUUCAGGAUCAACCCCCGAGAACUUUGGAACUGGAUCGGUAGUGGGCAAUGGAAAUGGCAGUGGAAGUGGACAGACAACGAAUUUAGCUGGUGUCGAGACAACGGCAGGGACGGGGUCGAAGCGUAACAGCUUUAGCUCGAACCAGCAGAAGGCUAUUAUCGAGCAUUUGCUCAUCACCAAGAAUACUGCUCCUCAAAAGAACUAUUCUCACGUUCCUUGUAAGUUUUUCAGACAGGGAGCGUGCCAGGCGGGCAGUUCUUGUCCCUUCUCGCACUCUUUGAACGUGUUGGCUGCGGAUCAGACUCCUUGCAAGUACUUCCAAAAGGGUAAUUGCCGUUUUGGAAGCAAGUGUGCCAACGCUCACAUCUUGCCGGACGGAACUCGUGUUAACCCUCCUAAACAGUACGGGUAUCAUCAGUCUUCUGCCACACCUGUUCCUAUGCCUAUUCCUGCUAGGGGAUCGUCGUCCUCGAGGAAUGCAUCUCAUCAUCAUAGGCUUUCCGACGGUGCAAUCUCCUCGGGGUCAAACCAGCGCUUGCAGCCUGCGUUUGUUUCUCUUCCUGCGUUACAAACAAGCAAUCCGGCGGUAGGCAGCUCGGAUGGGUUGAUGCCACCUUACACCCCCGUUAUGGAGGAAAAAGCUAUUCCUGACUUUGACGGCGAAGACUUUGUGCCAAGCGAGUUGUCUGAUCUUUUGACGCCCACAGAGCUCAAGCGUCGCAACUCAAGGUCGUCUUUUACCCGAAAGUUGAGCUUUGGCGAGCCGGGGAGCUUGCCAUCCACCUCGAGCACUGCGUUCGGAUCAUUCCACGAGAGCUCGUAUGGAUUUUCUAUGCAGCAGAGAAAUGUGUCUGCUGUGUCCUCGGCCUCAACCAACUACUCUCCACCCAACUUACAAACUUUCACGCUCCCAACUUUGAAUUACACGUACCAACAAGAGCAGAGAGGUUGGUUGGGGAAGGAGCACCAGGGGUUCCAGUCAGUAUGGAACAACGACGCUCCAAGUAUACUACGUAACAGCAGCGAUUGCAGCAUUGCACAACUUGGACAGGACUUGACGAAAAUCAAGAUCUUCGAGGAAGACGAAGAUAGAGCAGCCGACCCCGAGUAUCUUCGCAACCGCAAGCAGGACGAUCAGAAUACUGUAGAUGCAAGCCAUCACGAAAUGCAGUUUUAUCUCGAGGACUUGCACGAAGGGAUUUACUAA